AUGAAGUCACUUUCAGAGACCAUUUUGAUCAUCUUCUUCUUUUUAUUCUUCUUCUUUGGCUUUGCACUUGCGAAACAGAGCUUCCAAUCAGAGAUUGAUGCUUUAAGGUCCUUCAAGAAUGACAUUUCCAGCGACCCUUUAGGAGUAUUGUCGGAUUGGACCACCACCGGUUCGGUACGACACUGCAACUGGACCGGAAUCACCUGCGAUAGUACCGGUCACGUUGUCUCGGUUUCCUUGCUGGAGAAGCAACUUGGAGGUGUUCUGUCUCCAGCCAUAGCAAAUCUCACCUAUCUCCAGGUUCUUGAUCUCACUUCAAAUAAUUUUACCGGCGAGAUACCUGCUAAAAUAGGAAAGUUAACCGAGCUUAACCAGCUUAUUCUUUACUUCAACUAUUUCUCUGGUUUGAUUCCUUCUGAGAUUUGGGAGCUUAAGAAUAUUGUGUAUCUUGAUCUUAGAAACAAUUUGUUGUCCGGUGAUGUUCCUGAAGCAAUCUGCAAAACCAGUUCUUUGGUAUUGAUAGGUUUUGAUAACAACAACUUAACCGGGGAAAUACCAGAAUGCUUAGGAGAUUUGGUUCAUCUCCAAAUGUUUGUAGCAGCUGGUAACCGGUUAAGUGGUUCUAUUCCGGUCUCAAUUGGUACUCUGGCUAAUCUUACCGAUUUAGACCUGAGUGGCAACCAGCUAACCGGAAAAAUACCAAGAGAUUUUGGAAACCUCUCGAAUUUACAGGCUCUCGUUUUAACUGAAAACUUGUUGGUAGGAGAAAUACCGGCUGAGAUCGGAAACUGCUCGAGCUUGGUCCAACUUGAGCUGUAUGAUAACCAGUUAACUGGGAAGAUACCAGCUGAAUUAGGGAAUUUGGUUCAGCUGCAAGCACUCCGGAUAUACAAGAACAAACUAACUUCUUCAAUUCCAUCCUCAUUGUUUCGGUUAACUCAGUUAACCCGAUUAGGUUUAUCAGAAAACCAGUUGGUUGGACCGAUACCGGAAGAAAUCGGUUUUCUCAAGUCACUUGAAGUCCUAACGCUUCAUUCCAACAACUUUACAGGGGAGUUUCCACAGUCCAUCACAAACUUGAGGAACUUGACAGUGAUAACGAUGGGGUUCAACUCUAUUUCCGGUGAGCUCCCGGCGGAUCUAGGGCUUCUUACAAACCUUAGGAACCUUUCAGCGCACGACAAUCUUCUCACCGGACCAAUACCUUCUAGCAUAAGUAACUGCACCAAUCUUAAACUCCUGGACCUGUCUCACAACAUGAUGACUGGCGAGAUCCCGCAAGGUUUCGGACGGAUGAAUCUUACGACAGUUUCUAUCGGGCGGAAUCGUUUUACUNUGGUUCAUCUCCAAAUGUUUGUAGCAGCUGGUAACCGGUUAAGUGGUUCUAUUCCGGUCUCAAUUGGUACUCUGGCUAAUCUUACCGAUUUAGACCUGAGUGGCAACCAGCUAACCGGAAAAAUACCAAGAGAUUUUGGAAACCUCUCGAAUUUACAGGCUCUCGUUUUAACUGAAAACUUGUUGGUAGGAGAAAUACCGGCUGAGAUCGGAAACUGCUCGAGCUUGGUCCAACUUGAGCUGUAUGAUAACCAGUUAACCGGGAAGAUACCAGCUGAAUUAGGGAAUUUGGUUCAGCUGCAAGCACUCCGGAUAUACAAGAACAAACUAACUUCUUCAAUUCCAUCCUCAUUGUUUCGGUUAACUCAGUUAACCCGAUUAGGUUUAUCAGAAAACCAGUUGGUUGGACCGAUACCGGAAGAAAUCGGUUUUCUCAAGUCACUUGAAGUCCUAACGCUUCAUUCCAACAACUUUACAGGGGAGUUUCCACAGUCCAUCACAAACUUGAGGAACUUGACAGUGAUAACGAUGGGGUUCAACUCUAUUUCCGGUGAGCUCCCGGCGGAUCUAGGGCUUCUUACAAACCUUAGGAACCUUUCAGCGCACGACAAUCUUCUCACCGGACCAAUACCUUCUAGCAUAAGUAACUGCACCAAUCUUAAACUCCUGGACCUGUCUCACAACAUGAUGACUGGCGAGAUCCCGCAAGGUUUCGGACGGAUGAAUCUUACGACAGUUUCUAUCGGGCGGAAUCGUUUUACUGGUGAGAUUCCAGAUGAUAUCUUCAACUGUUCAAACGUGGAAAUUCUUAGUGUGGCAGAUAACAACUUAACCGGAACUCUCAAGCCAUUGGUUGGGAAGCUUAAGAAACUCAAGAUUUUGCAAGUUUCAUAUAACUCUCUCACUGGACCGAUUCCUCGAGAGAUUGGGAAUCUGAAAGAGUUAAAUAUCUUGUACCUUCACGCUAAUGGUUUUACAGGGAGGAUCCCAAGAGAGGUGUCGAAUCUCACUCUCCUCCAGGGGCUAAGGCUGCAUACAAAUGAUCUUGAAGGUCCAAUUCCUGAAGAAAUGUUUGAUAUGAAGCAACUCUCAGUUCUUGAUCUAUCCAAGAACAAAUUCUCCGGUCCAAUUCCUGUCUUGUUCUCGAAGCUCGACUCGCUUACCUACUUAGAUCUUCAUGGAAACAAGUUCAACGGAUCUAUCCCUGCAAGCCUUAAGUCGCUUUCGCUUCUAAACACAUUCGAUAUCUCUGACAAUCUGCUCACCGGAACCAUCCCUGGCGAGCUGUUAGCUUCGAUGAAAAACAUGCAGCUUUACCUCAACUUCUCAAACAACUUCUUGACUGGAACCAUCCCAAACGAGCUUGGGAAGCUUGAAAUGGUUCAAGAAAUAGACUUUUCCAACAAUCUGUUUUCCGGGUCUAUUCCAAGAUCUCUACACGCCUGCAAAAACGUCUUCUUACUGGAUUUUUCAUGGAACAAUCUCUCAGGUCAGAUCCCAGAUGAAGUCUUCCAACAAGGAGGCAUGGAUAUGAUUAUAAGCUUGAACCUUUCAAGGAACAGUUUCUCUGGAGAAAUCCCUCAGAGCUUCGGGAACAUGACGCACUUGGUCUCCUUGGAUCUCUCUAGUAACAAUCUCACAGGUGAAAUUCCAGAGAGUCUUGCAAAUCUUUCCACUUUGAAACAUCUCAAACUAGCUUCAAACCACCUCAAAGGCCAUGUUCCUGAAUCCGGUGUGUUCAAAAACAUCAACGCGUCUGAUUUGAUGGGAAACACAGAUCUCUGUGGCAGCAAGACACCUCUCAAGACAUGUAUGAUCAAGAAGAAGAAGUCGAGCCAUUUUGCGAAGAGAACUGCAAUCAUUGUGAUUGUUCUUGGAUCAGCCGCGGCUCUUCUUCUUGUUCUGCUUCUUGUUCUGUUUCUCACCUGUCGCAAGAAAAAGGAAAAAAAGAUUGAAAACUCAUCAGAGUCUUCAUUACCUGAUUUGGAUUCAGCUCUGAAGCUAAAGAGAUUCGAUCCGAAAGAGUUGGAACAAGCAACAGAUUCAUUCAACAGUGCCAACAUCAUUGGUUCAAGCAGCUUAAGUACAGUAUACAAAGGUCAGCUAGAAGAUGGAACAGUGAUUGCAGUAAAAGUAUUGAAUCUGAAGCAAUUCUCUGCAGAGUCAGAUAAAUGGUUCUACACAGAAGCUAAAACACUGAGCCAACUAAAGCAUCGGAACCUGGGGAAAAUCUUAGGGUUUGCUUGGGAAAGCGGAAAAAUGAAAGCUUUAGUGCUUCCCUUUAUGGAGAACGGAAGCUUGGAGAACACGAUUCACGGCUCUGAUGCACCAAUUGGGUCUUUAUCCGAUAGGAUCGAUCUCUGUGUUCAUAUCGCGAGCGGAAUUGAUUAUCUUCAUUCUGGAUAUGGUUUUCCAAUCGUUCAUUGUGAUCUAAAACCAGCGAAUGUACUCCUCGACAGUGAUCUUGUUGCUCACGUAAGCGAUUUUGGAACUGCUCGGAUUCUAGGGCUACGCGAAGAUGGAAGCACCACAGCUUCAACCUCUGCUUUCCAAGGCACAAUUGGAUACUUAGCUCCAGAGUUUGCUUAUAUGAGGAAAGUGACAACAAAAGUGGAUGUAUUCAGCUUCGGAAUCAUUAUGAUGGAGCUAAUGACGAAACAGAGACCAACUUCGUUGAAUGAUAAAGAAUCACAAGGCAUGACUUUGCGUCAAUUGGUGGAGAAAGCGAUUGAAGAUGGAACAGAAGGGAUAAUUAGGGUUCUUGAUUCUGAACUCGGGGACGCUAUUGUUACUCGGAAACAGGAAGAGGCUAUCGAAGACUUGUUGAAACUUUGUUUGUUCUGUACAAGCUCUAGACCUGAAGAUCGACCUGAUAUGAACGAGAUUCUUACACAUCUGAUGAAGCUUAGAGGCAAAGCGAAUUCAUUUCAAGAAGAUCGACAAGUUUAGUAGCAAAGCUUUCUUCUUUGAUGUCAAACUCUGUUUCUAAAGUUGAAUAAACGGUUCUGAUUUUGUUUUUUUUUUUUUAAUUAUUAUUGGAGAUGGACAAAAAUGUUCUGAAUCGGUGGUAGAAAGAAUGUAUAAGGUUAUGCAUUAAGCUA